AUGGAAUACUCCUACAUGUCUACAACAUCACCACACCCCCUCCCCCCAAUCCCCCCCUCCGACCUCUCCGCCAACCUCGUCCCCCGCCCGCUUUUCACACCUAGGACUCGCUCCUCCAAACGUCCACACCCACCCCUCUCCAUCGCCGUCGCUGUCAUCGACGCCUCAGGCCGGCGCGCCACCCAUUCCUCUCCCACCUCAACCUCCUCAUCUAGUGUCAGCUCCAGCCCAUCCACUUCCCCACCGUCCUUCAACUUCGAUUACUUCACCUCCCCAUCAUCCGAAGGCCCACCGCCCUAUACCGCACUAUCCCCAUCAUGGAGUCAACCACCACCACCGUACCAGUACCAGUUCCAAAGUUCCUGGCCAUCGAGUCCUACCUCGAGCACUUUCUCCUCCUCCAGCUUCUCUUCUAGUGUGCGGUCGACAUUCAGUGGCCCGCAUCUCCUGCGGCGGAAACCGAGUCCCAAGCAGCUGAGCCUUCGCGCGCUGCGGGCGAAAGAGAGCGAUGCGUGUCUGCAGCGGAUCUACGAGAGGCAGACGAUGGCGUAUUUGGAUGGGACGGUGUUUGGGAGUGUGCCAAGGCGGAGUGGGUUGAGAAGAGGGAUUAUGCAGGGUGAUUGA